ACUGAUAUUGAAAUAACACGGGAGGAGGACUUUGCCCGCAUCCUGCAGAUGGAGGAAGAGUACGUCCAGCAGAUUUGCGAGGAUCUGAUGAGAGUGAAGCCAGAUCUGGUCAUCACAGAGAAAGGCAUUUCUGACUUGGCCCAGCACUACCUGAUGAGAGCCAACAUCACCGCGAUCCGCAGAGUGAGGAAGACGGACAACAACAGGAUCGCCAGGGCUUGCGGCGCUCGCAUCGUGAGUCGCACGGACGAGCUGCGGGAGGAGGACGUGGGGACCGGAGCCAGGCUCUUUGAAGUGAAGAAAAUCGGCGAUGAGUAUUUUGCCUUCAUCACCGAUUGCAAGGACCCCAAGGCUUGCACCAUCGUUCUGCGUGGAGCCAGCAAGGAAAUCCUAGCAGAGGUCGAGCGCAACCUUCAGGAUGCCAUGCAGGUGUGUCGCAACGUCCUCCUGGACCCGCAGCUGGCACCGGGCGGGGGAGCCACCGAAAUGGCCGUCUCCCACGCGCGGACGGAGAAGUCCAAAGGCAUGACGGGCGUGGAGCAGUGGCCGUACCGUGCCGUAGCCCAGGCUCUGGAAGUCAUCCCCCGAACGCUGAUCCAGAACUGCGGCGCCAGCACCAUCCGCGUGCUGACCUCGCUCAGGGCCAAACACACUCAGGAAGGCAGCCAGACCUGGGGCGUGAACGGCGAGACCGGAGCCUUGGCCGAUAUGAAGGACCUGGGGAUCUGGGAGCCUUUAGCAGUCAAAUUGCAGACCUACAAAACAGCGGUGGAGACUGCAGUUCUCCUCCUCCGCAUCGAUGACAUCGUUUCGGGGCACAAAAAGAAGGGCGACGAGCAGAGCAAGCAGCCGGCGGCGCCAGAGGCAGCCCAGGAAUAA